AUUCUUUUCAGCCAUCUAAUAGCAUGUGAACAGUACAGCAUUAAUCAACAUUUCAUUUAUUCCUACAAGGUGCUGCAUCAUGACGAAAUCGGACUUGAGCUUGAUUCUCUUGGGACUCUAUCAGCUUACUGGGGUUUGAGUUAUACAUUUGUUUUACCUAUGAUUGCUGUAAGAAGGUUGAUCCCUCAGCUGGCAGUUUCCAAAGGUGUGUCCUAGCUGCAACAUGACAUCACACUGGCUAUGUCCUAGUGACUUGCCUGCCAGGCAUUGUUCUGUCAUGACAACAUUGGUCUUAGGUGUUUAGAUGGGAAGAAUCUAGUGCGCAGCCUUGUUCAUAAAAUGCAAAGCAAAAGAAAGCAGCGAUCCAGCUCAAAUCCCCACACCAAAACAGGAACCUGUUCUCAUAUAUCAUGGCAGCGACCAUUGCGUUUAGGGGAGCUUGUAUCCCCACAAUCACGGCUUCCCAAUAUGAAAUUACAAAUAAUUGAAUCUGAAGAACUCUUCCUGUUGCCUGAAUGUCAUCGGGACUUAACUGUCAGGAGCCUGAAGAGCCGACUUGAGCUUUUUGUUGGGAUCCCAGUGAAUUUCCAGCGUAUCCAGUAUCUGGAUGAAGUGGAUCUUGUUGAUGAGUCUACUCUGAGGAGAAAUGAAAUUGUCCCUGGAGGAACUCUUACUAUGCGAAUCUGGGCAGAAGAUUCUUGGGGACAUUUGGUGGCUGCAGCUACAAGUGGAAAGAUCAAAAAGUUGCAGUCUUUAGGAACUACACAGACUUCCACAUUCAGGACUGCAAACUCAGAUCUAAUGACAGAAGAAAAGAGGAAUGACUGGUUAGCGUAUCGAGCAUUUGUGGCUUUAUUUAUUACUGCUCACAGAGGCUACUCGAAGGCAGUGGAAUUUCUGCUCAAACAUGGUGCUGAUCUGAAACUUAAAACCCCACUGGGUAGGACAGCCCUCCAUGUUGCUGUCACUUCAGGCCACACAGAAUGUAUCAAUAUUCUCCUUGACUAUGGGGCCAAGGUCAGUGAUGAGGAUAAUGAAGGACACAAUGCUAUUCAGCUGGCCCGCCUGUGGAAACAGAGAGAGUGUGAAAGGAGGCUUUUCCGGCACCAGUGGAUGAUGCGAUCAGGUAGAACUGGCCAACGCCAAAGCAUCAAAACGAAGCUGGAAGUCAACAUUUAAUUGCACAACUGGGAUGAUGGAUUAAGAACACUUUCCCAUGUAACCCUUUUCUUCAGAAAUGUGUGCUAUAUUGAAAUACAGUAUUUUAUUUCUCCACAGAGGAGCUACACAGCUGUAAAAGAGAUGGUUGUAUUAGUGAUAUAAAGCCUUAAAACUCCUCUUUAGUUACUAGUGUCAGGCAUGUGCACCUCACAUGGAAGACUGAACAACAGUGUUUUGGGGAAAUCCUGCUGCUUCUAUCUUGUUUAUCCCAACCACCACCACCUAUGGGGUAGAUCAGGCUGAGAGAGAGAGAACAGCCCAAAGUCACCCGGUGAGCUUUCAUGAUAGAUGUGAGCUAGAACUAAGGUCUCCACAGUUCUAGUUCAAUCCCUUAAUCUCCAUACUAUACUGACUAUCUUACCUCUCCUGAUGUAGUUCCAGUACAUCUAGAAGGCACCUGAUUGGAAAGGCUAUGCUAAGCUGUGUAGGAAAUAAUGUGUUGGGUCAAUCCUACCCAACUUUGUGCUCAGAUCACUGAGUUAACAACCCCCAGAAUUCCUACAGAGGUCUAGUUCCAGUAUACAUUAUGGGGUCACUGGAUUGAAGAAGUCUGAGUUAAAUGGUGCAAAGUUUAUUGUUCCACAGUAGAUGUUAAGAUACAUUAAAAAUUAUUUUGAGAAAGUGAAUCUUCAUUCUCUUUUUGCCAUUACCUUUCUCUUUUCCCCUGUCUGUUACAAACAGUCUGUGUUGCAAUUACAGAUUAAUUUGGAAAGGACAUUUUCAAAUGUCAGGAUUUGCAUGUGGAAAUACAUGAUUCAGUCCCAACAUUUCAAUUUCAUAUGUCUCAACCUCUGUUUCCUGCAACAGGGACUUAGGUUUUAACAUCAGGGUACUAGACCUAAGACUACUGAGCGUUCAAUACUAAGAUUAUGAAUUUUCAUCUUGUGUUGAAAACCACGGCUAUACUGUAUGUAAGUGGUUACACUUGUAUAUCAACCCAUGUGUAAGUAAACCUAUAUAACUGAGUUGGGAUGUCUUUUUCUGAGUGAGUGUGUAUGCUGUAAAUUUUCUUGACUUUGGUGGAAAUGAAACAAACUAACUGCACAUUUGCCACCCAU